GUGCGGAGCUUGUUUUGUUCCAAUUGGCUGAGUUUACUUGGAUGUGGAUUUCCUACGAGGCUGGCAACUGUACAGCUCAGCCAAGGGAAAUGCUCAACUGAUCUCUUUUUCUUUCAACACCUACAGACCAAUUCAUCAAGACCGAUGGCGAGCAAGAAACGGAGUUGGGGCUAUAGCAACCUUGACAACAGCGACAGCAAGCGGGAUAGGGCCCGCCAUUCACGCCAUGGAAAAGGACAAAGCGGACAAGUAGCACAAGCGGCAACACAGGCAACACAGACAACACAGACAACACAGGCAGGACCAGAGGCGGCAGUAAGAGAUAUCCCAGGAUUUUAUUACGACCUUGAGAAAAAAAAAUACUUCAAGAUCACAGCGAACCAUCAACUCGGUAGUCAGCACCCGUUCAGUCAACAGAGCAUCAAGGAAAAAACGACCCCGAAGCCAACAUUGGAGCCUAUCAGACGGCGAUUUGGACAGAGAUUUCCCUCAACGACUUCACAUUAUGGUCGUCUCGAUUGGUUUUUACAGGAUUGUCAGCUCGGAUUAGCAGGUAGCCCUCGCAGGCAGCUUUGCGAGAUGCAUGCCUUGGCUGUCAAAUUCUGGAAGAGGAGCAGGCAUAUGGAACCCAUACUCCCUGAAGCCUCUUUCGAGUACACGCAUAUGACGGUGAACCAUGCUAACCGAGUCUUACUUCUGGGCACAUCGUACGGUCAGUUAUGGAGGUGCCCCGUGUCGGAGAGAAAAUCAGACCAAGGUCCCUGCACACGACUGGAAUCCAGGGAAACAUCCCGGGUCACAUCAAUACACGAGACCCCAGACAAGUUCUUAAUAACCACGCAUCUUGGAAACGUGGCUUCAGGAGUUCUUCUGGUGCGGAAGGAAACGAUGCCAACGGAAGACAAUGUCGUUCUAACGUACUCGCCCAGAAAAUCAACUAUUUGGACCAGUGCUCUUGCCGGAAACAAGCUGGUAGUGGGUGAAGACGGUGGUAUUACGAUCCUUUUAGAUUGGAAAUCCGGGAGACACUGCAUACGAUCUCUCAAGACUGGAAGUGACGUCUUCUCAAUCGCUAUUGACCCUCCAGAGAAAGGAAACGCUGUGUAUGCAGGAUGUAGGAAUGGCACCGUCAAGAUCUUCGACUUGAAUCAGCCUCAGACCAUGAAAGUCGCCGCGGGAUCAAAGUUAAGUCGGUCUAAUCCGGCGUUCCAAGGGAUUGGACACCAGGGGUCGUCGGUGAGCUGUAUCAAACGCGUUUCGGACCAUUACCUUGUAACAUCAGCCAUGAGCGGGGAAAUAUCUAUGUGGGAUAUUCGCUUUACAGGCGCAUUGGCGAAACCGGUGCUGAACAUUCGCGGACCCUUGCAAGGUCGCCUCAAAGAGACUCCAUUCGAUAUCAACUGCGAGGAGACACUUUUGGCAGUAGGAGGCAUUGGAGGUAUAGAUCAGCAGCUGUCAUUGUGGUCGCUAAGUACUGGCCAUAGAGUGCGAGACUUGGACGUGGGCGGAUCUGCUAGUUGCCUUGGCUUCUCACGGGAUCGACAGGGCCUUUGGGUAGUUGUAGGGGAUCAGGUUCAGUUCUGGGGACUAUGACACUAGUUUGAAUAAAUG